CAACUUUCAGCCGUACCCAGGUAUAUAAGCGAUUCCCAUGCCCGUUACUCGAUAAAUCUCGCGUGUGUUGUACUCUCUAUACGUCCGUUCCGUGCCGUGUUCCUCGCCGCCGAACCACCCCGCGUUCAAUCACAUCGAUCACAGGAUGUAUCGAGUGUGUUUGGUGAUGUGCGUGGGCCUUGCGGCUGCGCAAAAUAUCUACGACAACUUGGAGUCCAGGUCGGGAUCAUACUCCCAAGGAAAACCCGGUGGCAUUGGUCCUCUAUUCACUUCCGGUCUCAGUGCCUCACAGAAUUAUAGAGACAACAGCUACGAGGAUAAUGCAGUGACUCCUACUCCCUCGCCAACCCCAACUCUUUACAGAACUGCGAGUCCACAGGUCUAUCGCAAGCCCACCGCUGCGCCGAUAGAUGCUGCUAGAGAUUAUCAGCACCAGGCACCCGUCAGAGUUCCACCGCAACCACAACGUCAAAGAAAUCCUCCCCAGUUUCAAAACUCCCCCGAGCAGCGUCCCGAAGCCGAGGAGAUAGAGGAAGAGAAAGAAGAGGAGCCUGACCGUCUGAGCAUCCUUUUACAACAGAGUAAAUUCGGGUGUUUGAACAAGCAAACCGGUUACUACGCCGACGAGGAAUUGAACUGCGAGGUCUUCCACUACUGUCAAGACAACGCGAAGUUCUCAUGGAUAUGUCCCGAAGGAUUCACCUUCCACCAGGUUCACCUCAUCUGCAUGCCUCCCAGCGGUGAUAUUACCUGCAAAAAGAGUUCCCAGUACCAUUUCGUCAACGAAUAUCUCUACAAGCCUCUGAACCUCGCCGAAGCCGAGAACAAACCCAACGUAACACUGCGGUACAGCGAACGGUACUAUCCGGCCGACAUUUAUGCCGAUGAACGAGAGGAGGCCGAGUACCAGGUCACUUCCCCGACACCUGCUCCCGUCGUUCGCCGUCCUACUCAACAGGUAUUCUUGCCCCAGCAUGGCGGGCCGAUCAACGCUCUUGCCCAGGGAAGACCCCAGCACCAACAGCAGCAAAUUCCUUCCCAAUUUCGCGUACCGGUUAACCAAGUGUUUCGCAGUCCCGAAGAAGUGAAUAUUCCACUUCAGCAAAGGCGACCUCAACCACUGCCUCAGCAGCAGCAACAACCUUUGAGAAGGUUCCCUCAAGUCAGACCCGACGAAGAGGAUUACGAGUAAAUUGCGAUUUGGGUCUGAUGCGUUUUCUGUACUGCUCACCUUGGACUCCAGCUAAGAUUAGUGCGACGUCGUUGACAGUAAGGAAUUUGCGACUGUUUGAAUGCCGAGAUGCUAUGAGGGUUGAGAAAUAAUGGUAUCGUGUUUUAAAUGGUAGAAAGGUUUUAUUUGGUCGAAAUAGUUGAAAUUCUAUCUUAUGUUGUGCAUUACACAUUGACGGAUAGGAAUGCUCGCAGAAAUUAUGACAUAAAUUAAUUAGAAUUAUACGCAGUAAUCUAUUCAUUUAGAAAGAAUAAUUUCAAUGUCGAAAUUCGGAACGGAUGUAGCGAACUGCCAACGUCAAUGUUAUCAAAUCGAGACGAGUUUGUAUAAGAGAAUAUUAUAAUUGUAUAUAUAUUUAUCAGUGAUAAUUAGAUAAUACGUGUACGACGUAAUGUAUUUUAUAUAGAUAUACUUGAUAUUGUAAACUUACGUAAUUAAACAAUAAAUUGUUAUUGCGUUAUUUUUAA